UUUCUGCAGGAUCCAGACGAAGAAAUUGCCAAGAUCGACAGGACCGUGCGGGGCCCGUGUGGCGAUCAGCCGUGGGCCGGCAGCGCAGCCUGUGAGAACCCGUGCUCCCUGAUCCCCACGCCGGACAAGGACGACAACGAGCUGGUGUACCCCAUCUCCGCACACAAGCCCCCCAGCGCCAGGCCCCCCAGAGCCUCGCCCCUGCCUCUGCUGAACUGGGCCAACCGAGAGGAGGUUUGGAGAAUCAUGUUGAACAAGGAGCAGAUGUACCUCCGGGACCAGCACCUGCUGCAGCGGCACCCGCUCCUGCAGCCGAAGAUGCGCGCCAUCCUCCUGGACUGGCUGAUGGAGGUGUGCGAGGUGUACAAGCUGCACAGGGAGACGUUCUACCUGGCGCAGGACUUCUUCGACCGCUACAUGGCCACGCAGCACGACAUCGUCAAGACGCUGCUGCAGCUCAUCGGCAUCUCGUCCUUAUUCAUCGCCGCCAAGCUGGAGGAAAUCUACCCUCCGAAGCUGCACCAGUUCGCGUAUGUCACGGACGGGGCCUGCUCGGGAGACGACAUCCUCACCAUGGAGCUGAUCAUCAUGAAGGCUCUCAAGUGGCAGCUAAGUCCCCUGACCAUCGUGUCCUGGCUGAACGUGUACAUGCAGGUGGCCUACCUGAACGACAUGUACGAGGUGCUCCUGCCUCAGUAUCCCCAGCACAUCUUCAUCCAGAUCGCAGAGCUCCUGGACCUCUGCGUGCUGGACGUGGGCUGCUUGGAGUUCCCCUACGGCGUCCUGGCCGCGUCCGCCCUGUACCACUUCUCCUCCUCCGAGCUGAUGCAGAAGGUCUCAGGGUACCAGUGGUGCGACAUCGAGAAGUGCGUCAAGUGGAUGGUCCCCUUCGCCAUGGUCAUCAGGGAGGCAGGGAGCUCGAAGCUGAAGCAGUUCCGGGGCGUGCCCCCCGAGGACGCCCACAACAUCCAGACCCACCUGAACAGCCUGGACCUGCUGGACAAAGCACAAGCCAAGAAAGCCAUAUUGUCGGAACAGAAUAGGGUUUCUCCCCUCCCGUCCGGGCUCCUCACCCCCCCGCCGAGCGGCAAGAAGCAGAGCGGCGAGCCGGAGACGGAGUGACCCACCAGGCUCCUCACCAAAGACAGUGG